GUCAAACAUGAAGAUACUGAGGAACAAACAGACCUGAUGGCGCUGAAAGAAGAGAGUCAAGAGCUGAAUAAAAUGGAAGAGAAAGAUCAGUAUGAGAAAUGUCAUGAUUUCAUGGUUGGGGUGAAAUCUUUUAGUUACUCAAAGACUCAUAAAACAGAAACUAGAAACUUUGAAGUCCAGAUGAAAGUUCACACUGGAGAGAGCCCUUUCACCUGCCAACACUGUGGGAAGGGGUUCUCACUAAAAGGAAAUCUUAACAUUCACAUGAAAAUCCAUGCUGGAGAGAAGGCUUUCAUAUGCUCUCAGCGUGGAAAGAGAUUUACACAGAAAAAUACCCUUAAUGCCCACAUGACAGUUCACACUGGAGAGACGUCUUACACCUGCAAACUGUGUGGGAAGAGUUUCACGCGAAAAGAAAAUCUUAAAAUUCACAUGAGAAAACACAACGGAGAGAAGCCUUACACCUGCAAACUGUGUGGGAAGAGCUUCACACGAAAAGAAACUCUUAAAAUUCACAUGAGAGUUCACACCGGAGAGAAGCCUUACACCUGCAAACUGUGUGGGAAAAGCUUCACGCAAAAAGAAAAUCUUGAAAUUCACAUGAGAAUUCACACCGGAGAGAAGCCUUUCACCUGCAAACUGUGUGGGAAAAGCUUCACACGAAAAGAAAAUCUUAAAAUUCACAUGAGAGUUCACACUGGAGAGAAGCCAUUCAUAUGCUGUCACUGUGGAAAGCGUUUUAAUCAGAAAAAGUACCUUAAUGCCCACAUGACAGUUCACACUGGAGAGAAGCCGUUUGUUUGUGAUCAGUGUGAAAAGAGUUUCAUAUAUAAAGCACACCUUGAUCUUCACAUGAGGAUUCACUCAGGGGAGAACUGUUUUAUAUGUCACCAGUGUGGAAAGAGUUUCUCACAGAGAGCAAACUUUGAGAAUCACAUGAGAAUUCACACAGGAGAGAAGCCUUUCACCUGCCAAGAGUGUGGAAAGAGCUUCACGGUUAAAGGAAACCUUAAGAUUCACAUGAGAGUUCACAUUGGAGAGAAGCCUUACAAGUGUGUUCAGUGUGAAAAGAGUUUCUCGUAUCACACAAACCUGAAACGACACGAAACGAAAGCUCAUUCUGGAAAGAAAAUCCAAACCUUGCCACACUGAUGAAAAUGGCAAUUUCAACAAUCAUCUGCGCAUUCACUCUGAAGAAAGACAAUUAAAUUGUGAUCAGUCUAAUUAAAACAUCACACUUACAGAUAAAAAUUUAAAAGUUGUGUAAAUGUGAGACCCUGAUUGUGUUCUUUGUUAAAACCUAUUUGGACAGGAUUAGUUUUACAUGGAGUGGUGGGAUAGAGUAAAUAUAACCAGAGCUUCUCAGUGAUUUUAGUCCCAUCUGAAUGUGCCAUCUCAGUAAUCAUUAUGGAUAAUAUCAGUAAAUAUUUAGGUGACUUUUACCUUCAGUAAAAAGGAAAAUUAUCUCAGGUAAUGCUAUUCGCGUGCGAAUAGACUAGCUGUAAAUAUUGCGGAAAUGUUACAUCAUUUCUUGUUUAAUUCUGUCACAUGGUUUUGGGUUAUGUUUCAUGUUUAUAUUUUCAUAUCUUUUAUUUUGUAUUUCUCGCUGUCAUGCUUCCUAUUUGUCAUGUGCUUCCCUUACUCCUCGUGUUAUUCUGCCAUAUGCACCCCUUGUGAUUGGGUCAUAUCCUGAUUGGUUGUUCUAGUCAUGUGUUUUAUGUUCUAAUUGGUUCUUUGACUGAUGGUUCACAGGAGUUCCUUGUUUGUCAUUAGUCUGUUAGUAUAAAUAGCCCUCAUGUUCCUAUUGUCUCUUGUCUAGCUUCGUUGCCUGUAACACUGUUGGUGAGUUCUGUUUCUGUCCAUGUUUAGUUCAUGUUUACCAAGCCAAGUCUUUGUUUAGUUUGUGUUUAAUUCACGUUACUGCAAAUAAUACUACACAAGUUCACACUGCAACAUGUCUCCAGUUAACGUUUGUUACAGAAAGCUAGACCGUUAAAAAUGAACCCAGCAGUGCAGCUCUUGCAGCUCUCUUAUACCCCUUUUC